UGUGACGGGUCAUGGGUGCACUGUGGGUACCAUCUAACAACAUCGAUAGUAGCACCGGCACUACUGAGUUUACCGUAUGCUUUUAAAUUUCUUGGAUGGGCUGGAGGAAUUAUAUGCCUCAUUUUAGGAGCAAUGGUCACAUUUUACUCCUAUAAUUUGCUAUUGGUACUUGAACACCAUGCUCAAUUAGGUCGCCGCCAUCUUCGGUUCCGAGACAUGGCACAUGAUAUAUUAGGUCCAAGAUGGGGAUAUAUUGUGGGUCCAGUUCAAUUUGCAGUGUGCUAUGGUGCAGUUGUUGGAGCUUGUCUUAUAGGUGGUCAGUGUAUAAAGGCUAUCUACUUGUUGUUCAAUCCGAAUGGUACAAUGAAGCUCUAUGAAUUCAUAAUAAUAUUCGGAGGACUAAUGCUAAUCCUAGCUCAGAUGCCCUCAUUUCACUCUCUACGCCAUAUUAACUUGAUUUCUCUACUCCUAUGCCUUGGCUAUAGUGCCGCUGCUACUGUUGGCUCCGUCUAUAUUGGACAUAAAUCAAAAGGACCAGAGAAAGACUACUCACUAGUUGGCAACUCUGAGGAUCGGUUAUUUGGUGUAUUUAAUGCAAUUGCGAUUAUUGCAACAACUUUUGGGAAUGGAAUUAUUCCUGAAAUUCAGGCAACGCUAGCACCACCAGUAAAAGGGAAGAUGUUCAAGGGACUAUCCGUGUGUUACAGUGUAGUUUCAAUGACAUUCUUUAGUGUCGCGGUGUCAGGUUACUGGGCAUUUGGGAACCAAGCUGAAGGCCAGAUAUUAAGCAACUUUGUUGUGAAUGGAAAUCCUUUUCUACCUAAAUGGUUCAUUUUUAUGACCAAUGCCUUUGUCAUCCUUCAAAUUUCUGCUGUUGGUGUGAUAUACCUGCAACCUACAAAUGAAGUAUUAGAGGGAGUAUUGGCAGAUCCGAAAAGUGGUCAAUUCUCUCUAAGAAAUGUGAUCCCAAGGGUGAUAUCGCGGUCUCUCUCAGUCGCCAUAGCAACAAUAAUAUCAGCAAUGCUCCCAUUUUUUGGAGACAUAAAUGGAGUUAUUGGAGCAUUUGGCUUCCUUCCUCUAGACUUUGUUCUACCUGUCAUUUUAUUCAACCUUACAUUCAAGCCUUCCAAACGUACUUUCAUAUUUUGGUUGAAUCUAAGCAUUGCUGUUGUUUUCUCCAUAUUAGGGGUCAUUGGAUCAGUUGCUGCCGUAAGGCAAAUCAUUCUUGAUGCCAAAUCUUAUAAAUUGUUUGCCAAUGUAUGAAAUUUUCACUGCAUUGGUGAGGCUGGAGUUCA